ACAUCAUCAACACAACUUUGGAACGGAGAUCACACAGAGACACAGAGACACAGAGUGGUGUUGGUCUAGUGAAAGUAGUCAAUCCACUUCGUUUUUGGCCCCUGCGGGUGCUUCGCCGCAAAGCGAGUUGAGGUUUUAGUGAAGCUUUAGUGUGCAGCAUCCGGCCGGUGCUCAUCAAACGCUUCGUGAAGCUUGGCAGGGCACUUCUUCCCAAACCGGUGACGCGUGACUUCACUGUUCAAACCCUAACCUCCAAACCUUUUCUUACGGCGGAAGAAGAACGGAACUCCCACAAUGAGACUGUCCUGGAUGGCGGGUUCAUUGUGCGCCCGGCCAUGCAUCCUGCUCCUACUGCUGCUACUCAUCCAGACCCUUCAGUUCACCGCAUCGUACGAUCCGACCGAUAAGGAGAUUGCAAACAUUAUCCCCCCGAAAGGAACGUUCGAAGCGUUCUACCCGCGCGAGAUGUACGGCGUGAAGAAUGGCAACUCACGACCGGCCCACGCGCACGGCAGCUUCUAUGCGCACCGCAAUCCGGCCCUGGUGGACGUGCGCAAUGCUGCCGCCUACGGGUUCCGGUUCGAUGGCAAGCGUCGGUUUAACUUUGAUUAGCACCGGGUGUCACUGGUACGACUUUGAAAUGCUUCAUCUGUCUGUGUAUUUUCUCUCCUUACAAUAAAAUAAUGGCAAAGACACGCG